GACGCUUUGGUGAGUCUUCGUCAGUCGCCGUUAUGCUUAGGAGGUGGUGCGUUAUGUCUGCCCUCCCUGGUUGAUUCUAUCAAAUCUGAAUCGGUAUAUUUAAUCUAAACUACAGGCGAAAACAACUUCUGUCCGCGUGGCCAAAUAAGAUUCACCUCCGCAACAUUGAUCAUCAUUGAUGCUGCAGGGAAGUUGCGACCAUGCGUUGCCUGGCAGCUCGAGUCAACUAUAAGACCCUUAUUGUUAUCUGCGCUCUUUUCACACUCAUCUCUGUGUUGCUGUGGAAUCGCUGCACUAGUAACACCUCCCUACGUUUUUUGCCUCGACCCGCAUUUGGGGGACCAAGUCCCAAGGAAAGCAGCCAACAACACCCUCCACAACCUCCAGAACCUCCACCUGUUGUCGGUGGCAUCAAGUAUGAGGAAAUUGACUGCCAGAUCAAUGAUGACUCCACAAUCAAAUGCCGCCGCGAGGGUGGCGAUGUCUAUAUGCCCUUCAGUUGGAUGGAAAAAUACUUUGAGGUGUCUGGCAAAGUGGUGCAGUAUGAUGGCUAUGAGCGCUUUGAGUUUCAACAAAGUUACUCAAAGGUUUAUGCCCAACGGGAGCCAUAUCACCCAAAUGGAGUCUUUAUGUCUUUUGAAGGCUACAAUGUGGAGGUCCGUGAUCGAGUGAAAUGCAUCAGUGGAGUGGAAGGUGUGCCUCUGUCUACCCAGUGGGGUCCUCAGGGCUACUUCUAUCCCAUCCAGGUUGCCCAGUAUGGCUUGAGUCAUUACAGCAAAAACCUAACAGAGCGUCCACCCCACCUGGUGGUGUAUGAUACAGCCGAAGAGAGAGAUAGCCGAGCCAGCGUGGCAACAUGGAGUGUGCCUAAGGGCUGCAGUUUCAGCCGUGUCCAGGACAAGAGUCGAGCCACCUCAGUUCGCCAGUUCAGUACCCCAGAGUCAGAGGCAGUAUCACUCCUUAUAGAUAACACCAAAGACUUCAUCCUCAGCUUGGACAUCAAGUUCACCUCCAACGGCAGCUUGUCUGUGAUCCUCGAGACUACAGAGAAAGGCUCGCCCUUCACCAUCCACUACGUUACCAAUACGCAACUCAUCGCCUUCAAAGAUCGUGAAAUCACCUACGGCAUAGGGCCCCGAACCACGUGGAUCACCCUGAUGCGUGACCUCCUUACAGAUUUUAGGAAAGGCGUUGGCUUGUCUAACACCAAGGCUGUCAAAGCCACUAAGAUCAUGCCCAAGCGAGUUGUUCGAUUACUUUUGCAAGGACGGGGAUUCGUUGACAACGUCACUGUCUCCACGACUGCCCACAUGGCCGCCUUCUUUGCCGCCAGCGACUGGCUAAAGCGGAACCAGGACGAACGUGGCGGCUGGCCCAUCAUGAUCACACGUAAGUUGGGUGACGGCUUCCGGCCUCUUGACCCUGGCUGGUACUCGGCAAUGGCCCAAGGCCAGGCCAUGUCCACCCUUGUGAGGGCCUACCUCGUCACCAAGGACCGCACUUACCUCAACGCUGCGCUGAAGGCAGUCGGACUUUAUAAGGUGCCGUCGGCGCAGCACGGGGUCAAGGCUGUAUUCAUGAACAAAUAUGACUGGUACGAAGAGUAUCCCACCUCACCGAGUAACUUUGUCCUCAACGGCUUCAUCUACUCCCUGCUGGGACUGUACGAUUUGAGCGAGACAGCCGGUGAAACGCUGGGCAAGGAGGCCAGGCAGCUGUUCAAUCGCGGCAUGGAGUCGCUGAAGGUCAUGCUGCCGCUCUAUGACACCGGGUCGGGGAGCAUCUAUGACCUGCGUCACAUCAUUUUGGGCACUGCGCCCAACUUGGCUCGCUGGGACUACCAUACCACGCACAUUAACCAGCUCCAGCUGCUGGCAUCAAUAGAUAAUUCUCCGCUCUUCAAGGAUGUGGCGAAGCGCUGGAAAGGCUACUUGAAAGGCAAUCGCGCUAAGCACAACUAGAUAGAUUCGAAAAUCUAACGUGUGAAUCGAGGCUUGACUGAAUGUGAAUGUGAGUAAGCUUGUGAUGUGCGUCACUCUGUAGGCGUUGAAGUGUCGAGUGUUUUUAUUUUAUUUUUUUUAAAUCUCAAGGAUGUAUAAGUAGCUGCAGCUUUCAACAUUAAGAUGCGUGCGCUCUGUUACGGGUGUUGUGCUCUCCGCUGCACCGUUUGUAGCACGCCUUUUUGGGGGGAGCUCGGGUUAUGGACAGACUUAACAUGCAUUCUUUUUGUCUUCAGAAACUGAUUUGAAAUAACUUGAAAUGCAUUUUUUUGUCUUCAGAAACUGAUUUGAAAUAACUUGAAAUGGUGGGUCCAUUUGUGCCAUUUUCCAAAUUUCAUUCUAGAUCAGUGGUAUUUUUAGAAUUUCAUUCUAGAUCAGUGGUUCUUAACCUGGGUUCGAUCAAACUCUAGGGGUGAGUCGGUCUCAGGGGUUCUGCACUACGGAGGCCCGAACGCACCUGGUUUAUCGUGUAAAUUCGUGAUGACGCAUAUGGUCUCGCUAAGGCAACAACGGAAGUCACACUGAUGUACAGGUAUGUAAUUUGUUGUGAGUUCAUGCAUUACUUGAUUUUAUUCUUUGAAAAAAGGUGAUGUUCGUGCACGGCUCAUUUUCUGCACCAGUACAUUAAUGUCUUGAAUUAUAAUUAUAAUUUUUUUUUCCCUGGUGGGGUUCGGUACCUCCAGCAAGGUUAAGAACCACUGUUGUAGAUAUAUGUUGAAAACUACAUUAAGACAUGUUUGGAAGAGGAAAUUGCCCAAAAAUAAGUUAUCACAUAGUAUGCAUUACACUACCACACACAAACGACAAUACGAAUAACUUGCCCUUGAUUUCCACUGCUUUUCACUGAAAUGGUGGCACCCUAAUUAACCAGAAUGCUGCUAUAGAUGCAAAGGUUAGAGGUCAACAUCAAAAAAAGGGGUUGCGAGGCUCCCAUGUUUGUUUAAAAGUUUGAAACCCUUUUUAUUUUUAACUACAAUCCGCAUACAUGGAGAGAUGUAUCUAUUUAACAAUUUAUCUAUUUUAGAAAAGAGCUUCUAGAUUUUUUAUUAUUUUUUUUCCAUCACCCAAUUUUGUGAAGUGCUGAUGGAAGAUAAGGUAAAUGAACACACUGUAGCAUUUGCACUACUAGCUAAACGGAUACAAACGGUCAAUGAUCAUGGUGGGCAAUAUCUGGCAAUCAAGCCUAUUUUAGCAUGAUUUCAAAUUGGUUAAGAUUUGCUCAGUUCAUACAUCAAACAUUUCAGCUUUUUUUAAUUGUGUGGCCAAACUGAAAGGCUGAGUCUUGCCAAGAAACCUGCACUCUUAAAAUUCCUGGUAUAAAAUUGGAAUGACCCAGGGGUUAUUUUACCAAACAAAUUGGUCUUUUUGUGCAAAAUGUUCUGAAAAGCUUCUGUCCAAUUUUUUACCCUUUAACCCAGCAAUGUUAAGGGUGUAACCAUUCAAUCAUGGAAUGUGCUGGAGCGACGGCACACAGUCUGGUAUGAGCCAGCAAAACAUAAAGACUUUCUGAAUGAUGUUACUAUUGACCUUGCAUAAUAUUCACAGUCGAAGCACGGUUAUCCACUAGCCAGUGAAGCGCCUCUCUUCUUUCAACAGGGACUCUUAAGACACAAAGGUGGAUUUUUUUUUUUUUUUUAUGGGAAAUUGAACUAAAUAUAUUCCUUAUAACAGUAAUCAGGAGACAGUGCAGCUAAAAAUGUUGUUUUAGGUAAAAAGUCCAUGUCAGAAUAAAGUUUAUUAAUGCACAAUUAGGAUGGAAAUGGCAGGAGAAUAGAAUAUUAAUGUGCUAUUUUGCCUAAAAUAAUAUCACAAUACAGUGAUGAUGUGAUAACUCACAUUUGUUGGGUUUACCGAGACAUUGAUGUUUGCUAAUGAUGUGAUGACUUUUAAACGGUGAGACGCACAAUAAGCAUGAUUGAAUUUAUCAAUACAAUUUUGACUGAAAUACACAAAUUGACUUGUCAUAUUACUCCAACAAAUCUGGUUUGUUUACAGUUUUUCAGGAGUGAGAUAAAACUCGCUUUUAUUAAUUUUUUUUCUAAUACAUCACAGUUAGCAUCAUGUAAUAUUUAUUCAUGUGUGUAUGUCAUUUUCAACGUGCCAUACUUGGAAAACUUGCAGGAGUAGGCAGCAGGUUUUUUUCUUAUUUAACUUUUUUUGUAAUAGAUUUUCUGACCUAUUUUGACCUUCAGACAUCAGAUUAUGUUCCGCAAAAUGCCCCUACUUCACUCAUUAACGGACACCGUCAAAUUUAUCCAACUUGAUCCGAGGAUAUCAACACGUCGUAGCUUCCAGUCUUGGCAGUUGUUUUUGAUUGUAACUAAAUGAAAGGGGUGGCUAGUUGUACAGGAGACAGAAUGUUAAAAAAAACAAAAGAUUACUUUAUUGGUUGUUGACAGUAAAUAGAGACGCUAGUCAUAUUAACAAUGAUUCAAUUAACGUGGGUGAGAUGGUUAAAUUGAUGUUAAGUCAGUUGGUUUCCUUUCGUAUUGGUGCUUUACCUUAGUCGAUAGUUUUCUUUGUUGUUGUUAGCAACACCAAACAGUUAAAUCUAAUAAGAGGUUGUUUUUUCUUUCUAUGAACGCUCGUGCUUGUUUGUAUUUUUGUUCGUAUUUCCUUCGAGUGAACUCAUUUUAAAUGUCACCAUUAGCACAGUAGCUCAAAUUCUUUGUUUUGGUUAUACCAAAGUUGCAUAGUAGAGAAUACUUAAAUGUAUAUAUUUUUGUGCAAAAUAUUUCAAGCAUUUUAUGGACUUCAGUCAUUUCGGAAGAGAACUCUAUGUGACUGUGCCUUUCAACUAAUGCUUGUGCAGAUUCGAGUAAAAUUUGCUCUACUGUUGUUUAAAAAUAGAAAUGGACAAAAAGCUGUACACUCCCAUGAUUUUUUUUUUUUUCCAAGUUCAUUUAAAUGUGGAUUUGGGUUGGGUCUAUUUGUCUGUUUGGUUUAGAGUAAUUUACAGAAGAGUUAUAGGUUUUGCUGUUCAAACAAAAGCACAAGUUCUAUUUAAGAUACUUAAGAAACUGUCUAUUUUUGGCUUUAUUAUUUCUUUCCCAGACAAGGUGCAACAUCUACAUUAAGAAAGCUGCUGUUAUUAUUCAACUAUACACUUUCCUUUACCCUCAUUUAACUUUUUUUUUUCCCCUCACUAUCUGCUCGUAUAGUUGCCCCUGAGUCAACCUAAUUUAUGCAAUAAAGUGUUUACUUUG